CACACCACAUGAUCGGAGCAGGAUGCCUGGGGUAAAGCAGCAAGUCGAGAUCGUCAAAGCGGCCGAUGUAGGCAAGGCAAGUACGGGACAGACAGAGGGGAUGAUUCGCAAAGCGGCUCUCGUCGGCUGCUCGGACAAGAUCUGCUCCUCAGUCAUGGUUGCUGAGCCUAAAAGCUCGAGCGCCAUUCACCACCACGGAGAGCAAGACACAGUCGUUUACGCCCUUUCGGGCAAAGGCUCUAUCGUAUACGGGCCAGAUGCGUCUCAACGUCGUGACCUCUCACCCGGAGAUCACUGUCUUAUUCCGGCUUUUGUGGAGCACCAGGAGAUCAAUGACUCUGACGGUCCUGUGACCUGGGUAAUUGUCCGUUCUCCAGGACCGCAUCCUAUCGUCGAGAAUCUCGAAGGAUGGGGCUCCUCAAAGUAGCUCACCCAAUACAGAUUGUUUAAGCCACCCUGUUGAACAGCAUUGUGAUAUUGUGUUCGGGAG